AUGAUGUUGUCCGCGGUGUUAAGGAGAACGCCGGCGCCGCGGCUCUGCCUCGGGUUACUCAAGUCUCCAUCGCUCCAAAGCCGGGGAAGUGCUUACGGCCGGAGCAUAAACACCGGAGACCGCGGAGAGCCGCAGCGGCUGAGAGCUGCCGCCUUGCGCCCUGGAGCAUCAUCUAUCUUAUUCCCCGGACGGGGGGCAGCCACCUGGGGGCGCCGUGGAGAACGCACCGAGAUCUCAUGCCUGGCUGCCGCCUCGUGGGGACGCGGUAGUAGCCUCGAAGAAACACUCCCGGGACAGGACAGCUGGAAUGGGGUUCCCAACAAGACAGGACUGGGCAUGUGGGCCUUGGCCACGGCGCUGGUGGUUCAUUGCUACAGCAAGAGUCCUUCCAACAAGGAUGCAGCUCUGAUGGAAGCUGCCCGUGCCAACAAUGUUCAGGAAGUCAGAAGACUAUUGUCAGAAGGUGCAGAUGUCAACGCAAGGCACAAACUUGGCUGGACAGCUCUGAUGGUGGCAGCCAUCAGCCGAAAUGACAGUGUGGUGCAGGUCCUACUUGCUGCUGGAGCUGACCCAAACCUUGGGGAUGAUUUCAGCAGUGUCUACAAGACUGCCAAGGAACAGGGAAUCCAUUCUUUGGAAGUCCUAGUCACUCGAGAGGAUGACUUCAACAACCGGCUCAACAACCGUGCUAGCUUCAAGGGCUGCACAGCCCUGCACUAUGCUGUCCUGGCUGACGACUACCGCAUCGUCAAGGAGCUUCUGGAUGGAGGAGCCAACCCCCUUCAGAGGAAUGAGAUGGGACACACACCCUUGGAUUAUGCCCGGGAAGGGGAGGUUAUGAAGCUUCUGAAAACCUCCGAGACCAAAUACAUGGAGAAGCAGAGGAAGCGUGAGGCAGAGGAGCGGCGCCGCUUCCCGCUAGAGCAGCGACUGAAGGAACACAUCAUUGGCCAGGAGAGUGCCAUUGCCACCGUGGGUGCAGCGAUCCGGCGGAAGGAGAAUGGCUGGUACGAUGAGGAGCACCCUCUGGUCUUCCUUUUCUUGGGAUCAUCUGGAAUAGGGAAAACUGAGCUGGCCAAGCAGACUGCCAAGUAUAUGCACAAAGAUGCCAAAAAGGGCUUCAUCCGGCUUGAUAUGUCCGAGUUCCAGGAGCGACACGAGGUAGCCAAGUUUAUUGGGUCUCCGCCAGGCUACAUCGGCCAUGAGGAGGGUGGCCAGCUGACCAAGAAGCUGAAGCAGUGCCCCAAUGCAGUAGUCCUCUUUGAUGAAGUGGACAAGGCCCAUCCAGAUGUGCUCACCAUUAUGCUGCAGCUGUUUGAUGAGGGCCGCCUGACAGAUGGCAAGGGGAAGACCAUUGAUUGCAAGGAUGCCAUCUUCAUCAUGACUUCCAAUGUAGCCAGUGAUGAGAUCGCCCAGCAUGCACUGCAGCUGAGGCAGGAAGCUUUGGAGAUGAGCCGAAAUCGAAUUGCUGAGAACCUUGGGGACGUCCAGAUUAGUGACAAGAUCACCAUCUCAAAGAACUUUAAGGAGAAUGUGAUCCGCCCCAUCCUGAAAGCUCACUUCCGGAGAGAUGAGUUUCUGGGACGGAUCAAUGAGAUCGUCUACUUCCUCCCUUUCUGCCACUCAGAGCUCAUCCAGCUGGUCAACAAGGAACUGAACUUCUGGGCCAAGAGAGCCAAGCAGAGGCACAACAUCACACUCCUGUGGGACCGCGAGGUGGCAGAUGUGUUGGUUGAUGGCUACAAUGUCCACUAUGGCGCCCGCUCCAUCAAACAUGAGGUAGAGCGCCGUGUGGUAAACCAGCUGGCAGCAGCCUAUGAGCAGGACCUUCUACCAGGGGGCUGCACCCUGCGCAUCACCGUGGAGGACUCGGACAAGCACCUCCUCAAGAGCCCUGAGCUGCCCUCACCUGAGGCUGAGAAGCGUCCACCACCCACACUGCGUCUGGAGAUCAUUGAUAAGGACAGCAAGACCCGCAAACUGGACAUCCAGGCACCACUCCACCCUGAGAAGUUAAUAACCGUGGACUCCAGUUUGUGCUGCCAGCGUGUAGGGUCAUCCACUGGAGUGAGGUUGACCCUUGAAGGAGGAGCCCCUUCCCAUUCCAUGCUCGAAUGUUUGCUAGAUUGGCCUUGUGCAGGUCUUGUGCAGGCAACCACAGCCGGGAUGGUCCCUGAGCCUUGGGAGGAGGAGGCUGCAAUAUCUUUACUGAAGCAAUUUAAAUAUAAGAAUAAAAAUAAGUCUUUCCGUUCUGCUGCCGCCAUGCCAUCCGGACUGAGGAAGACCCGGAAACUCCGGGGCCACGUGAGCCACGGCCACCGCCGCAUCGGUAAACACCGCAAGCACCCAGGAGGCCGCGGUAAUGCUGGGCAUCACCACAGGACCAACUUCGACAAAUAUCAUCCAGGUUACUCUGGGAAAGUUGGUAUGAGACAUUACCACUUAAAGAGGAACCAGAGCUUCUGUCCGACUGUCAACCUGGAUAAAUUGUGGACACUGGUCAGUGAGCAGACACACGUCAAUGCUGCAAAGAACAAGACUGGAGCUGCUCCUGUCAUCGAUGUUGUGCGAUCAGGCUACUACAAAGUUCUGGGGAAGGGGAAGCUCCCUAAGCAGCCUGUCAUCGUGAAAGCCAAAUUUUUCAGCAGAAGAGCUGAAGAGAAGAUAAAGGGUGUUGGAGGUGCCUGUGUCCAGGUGGCUUGAAGCCACCCAGGGAGGUUAAUUAAAUGCUAACAUUUU